GAGAUAUGUGUCAGUAAUUGGAAAUUACGGAGACGCAUAUCUCUCUAUCAAAUAGAUUUUGCUAACACCUUUCUCUUUAAUUUCGCAUUUAGCACUAUUAAUACAUUAUCCCAAUUAUCACAUCUUUUAUUAAUUCAUUCCUAAGGUCAAUUCUGCUUCAACUAAAGAAGAAACAAACGCUGAAACUAUUACACAUUUUUAAAUUCAAACUAUACCUUCACCAUCUUCAAACCAACUCAAACACAUUCUUCAAUUUGCUUCAUUAAUUUCAUUAUUGAAUGUGAGAGAGAGAAAACAUGAAGCUCUCAACAUUGUUACAGAAUCGCCGGAGCAACAGCAUCAAGGACCCGCCGGCGUUUGAAUCCUCCGGCGAAGUUACCGGAAAAUCUCCAGUAAGCUCUUUCUGGCUCUUCCUCCACGCCGCGUUCUGCCUUGUCAGUCUUUCCCUAGGUUUUCGCCUCUCCCGCAUUUUCUUCUUGUUCCUGUUCUCCGCUUCGUCAACUAAUUUCUACACUGUUCCCUCCGGCGGCGGUGAAAUCUCUGUCCCGCUCCGUGUUCAUUCCUCCGUUACGGUGAAUCCGAGUGCCAAUGUGGAGAAUCCAGUGAAAAAGUUAGCUAUUAUCGGCGGUUCUGCUGGUAGUCGUGUGGUGGUUGGUCGGCACGGGAUCCGAGUCCGAUCUUGGCCUCAUCCGAAUCCGAAUGAGGUCAUGAAGGCUCACCGGAUAAUUGAGAGAGUUCAAACGGAGCAGAAGGUGUUGUUCGGAGUGAAAAACCCUAGGACGGUUAUUGCAGUGACGCCGACGUAUGUCCGGACGUUCCAGAAGCUUCACUUGAUCGGAGUGAUGCAUUCGCUGAUGCUUGUGCCGUAUGAUCUGGUGUGGAUUGUAGUGGAGGCUAGAGGUGUCACCAAUGAGACUGCUUCUAUCAUUGCCAAUUCAGGACUCAGAAUUAUCCAUAUUGGAUUCAAUCAACGGAUUCCGGUUACAUGGGAUGCUAGACAUAAAUUGGAGGCUCGAAUGCGACUUCAUGCUUUACGGAUUGUGAGAAAAGAGAAGCUGGAUGGUAUUGUGAUGUUUGCGGAUGAUAGCAAUAUGCAUAGUAUGGAGUUAUUUGAUGAAAUUCAGAGUGUGAAAUGGAUAGGGGCAGUUUCGGUUGGAAUACUUGUUCAAUCUGAUACAGAUGGAUCUACGACCUCACAUGGCAAGGAGGAGACCCUAGCGAUGCCAGUACAGGGUCCUGCUUGUAAUGCGACAAGUCAUUUAGUCGGGUUGCAUACCUAUGAUUCGUCAAAGCAUGCAAGGAGAAAUGCAAUUUACGUAGGUGACAGGGCGCCUGUUGUACCUAGAAAACUUGAAUGGUCUGGGUUUGUUUUGAAUUCCAGGUUGCUUUGGAAGGAUUUUGACGAUAAACCUGACUGGAUUAAGGAUAUUAAUGCGUUAGAUGUAGUUGAUGAGGAUGUAGACAAUCCACUGUCUCUGCUGAAAGACAGAUCCGUGUUAGAACCACUUGGGAGUUGUGGACGCCGCAUUUUGCUUUGGUGGCUCCGGGUUGAAGCUCGAACAGACAGCAAAUUCCCACCUCAAUGGAUAAUUGACCCUCCUCUGGACAUCAUCGUCCCCUCAAAAAAUACUCCAUGGCCAGAUGCCACUCCUGCAAUCCCAACUAAUGAAAAGGGGCUAAUUGGCACACAUGAGCAGUCGACCAAGCAUUCUACUAAGACUAGAACAUCCAGAUCUAGACGUAGCCGAAGCAAGAGAAAGCAUGACACCAAAGUGAUAGGUAUGCAAGCCUCUACACAUUCUGAGCAAAAUUGAGAUUUCAGUAAAUGCAAAUUAGGAGUAUAUACUGUGUUAUGGAUAUAAGACUGCCUGCCCCGGCCGGCCCUCAUUGACAAGAAUCUGGAUAAAACAAAUGAAGAGGCUGUGUUCUUACUGGAUACAUACUAGUACACUGGGUUUUACCUUACAUGGGUCAGCAAAUGCUCAUUUGCGUCUGAUUCACCAAAAAAUUUCAUAUAGAUUGUUUCGCUCAUUUUUGUUGAGGGUGAUAUAUAUUCUGUUAUGUGAAGCAAUGACAUAUUUGUUCUUGCUGCAUUUGCUUCUUGGAAGGAAGCUUGUAAAAAUUUUCAUUGGUUGUAGUUGUAAUACAGGUUCUUCUAAAUAGGAAUAUAGUUUCUUUAAUCCAGGA